AUGGAACUGGCGACACACAUAAGGAGUUGGAUUACCUAUGUUAGCCCGGCGAAGGCUUUGAAUAAAGAUAUCCUUUGGUCCCUCCCUUCAAACAAUGAUGGAAAAGUUUUCACGACGGAAGAGCUUAGUGGUCAAGCAGAACUUGCGAAAGUUCUGUUUGACACUCAAACGGAUUCAAGCCCAAAAAUUUGGAAUCUGAAGGUCGAGCAAUUCAUCGCGCAUCAAAAUGACGAAUCCGACUCAGUUAGAUCCCUAAUUGCCAAUUCGAUCAGCCCGCUUUUUACUAUUAAAAGAAGCGGCACAAGAAUCGUCGCACCGCAAAUAGCUUCCGAAUUUCUUUCAAAAGAUCAGGCCGAAGAAGUUCUUGAAGAGUGGCUUUCGUUCCAAGAGUCAGACCAGCCGGCAGGAAAAGUGAACAUGAACAUUCUGAGCCUCGUGAGCUCGCGAGAGCUCAACGAGGUGGCUCAGCUCAUCAAAGAAAAAUACGUCAACGCUAAAACGCCGGCUGCGAUCUACAGGGAGCUUGCGGCUUUGCUAUGGAGAAAGCUUGGCGUAGGCUUCGCUGACUUCGAAGACAUCAACGGGUUCGCGGCGGCUCUCGCGAGCCGUACCACGGACCCAAUUGAUCACCACAAAGGAGCAGAAAAGAUCAAAGUGGAACUUAGCCUCUUCGUGGAAGAAUUCAAGCUGAAAGAAGGCUUCGAAUCCUUCUGGGUUCAACUUAUUCACGUCGUCCGCAUCGGUACGGAAUGGGCACAUCAAUGGGCUUCGACGUUCAACCAAGGAUCCACCCCACCAGGCAUCUUCGCAUGCCUCAACCUUCUCGACUGGUUUAACCCUCCCUACAGCCCUUCGGACAACUAUUCAAGGGUCCCAGCUCACGCCCAACAAAUGCUCAAAGACGUCGGUGACUUUGCCUUUUGGGUAAUAUACGGCAACGAGCCGAUCAAGUUUCUCAUCCUGCCGGAAAAGAUCAUGAACCCGAAUCAGGUUAAAUACUUGAUGAGAAUUGGUCGCCUAAUCGCAAGAGCCAUUUUUGAUGCAGAAGAACUGACCUCAGCAGUCGCGAACCUCGAGGAAACGAUCAGGGCGAAUAGCAGGGAAAACCUGGCCCCAGUUGUCAAAAGCUGGGACAAGUUCGUCAAGGAAUUGAAGAAACAAGCUCGGGAAAUUGAAUCGACAGAAAAAACGGCUUUGAGCGUCCACAUCCUUCCCCAGGCCUUCAAAACUCAAAGAAAAAAGAUCAUCGGCUGGAAUCUAUACAAAUUCAUCGUCAGAUCCUCGCGGGUCUCAACGAUGGAGAUGUUAGACAGAUACUUUACCUGGUUCGAUUCCGAAGUCGUUGCCCCAGAAGACCCGAACUGCGAAAAAUACAAGUGGUUUCUCGAAAUUGCGCCGAGGAGACGACUCGAAAAGAAUGAACAGCUCUCAGGACCCCUUUUCGACAGAGAAAAAGCCUACAGCGACAACGAUAACUGUGCCUUCGUCGGAUGCGUAGCAGCCUCGGUCGGUUUUUCACUGCCAGACGGGGAAACAGCAGUUCCCGCCUGUGAUUUUCACAUCCUCAUCACCUCUGAAGUCGCCUUCAGAGAGAGGAAUCGGCUGCUGACAACGAUAGUCCCGACAAUAGACGGUCUCAAGGUGGAAAUAGCCGCCCAAGAACCCAGCCUUCCCGAGUCCAAAAUCAUCAUCAUCACAAACAAAGUCAAAGACAACGUGCUUCACUACUACGAGAAGCACGUGGCCGGCAAGACAACCGCUUUCCUCCACCCGCAGCUUGCUCAAGACAGCUGUUUUCCAAGCUUUCCCCAAGAUGGCAGCCUGGCAUGGCCUUCCAUUUUCUACACGGCAAUCUCGGAUGAUAAGAGCUCGGCACGCGGCAGGGGCUCCGAACUUGACAAAGACGAGCGAGCGGCAGACUUCGCUUCCUUUUUAAUCGAGUGGAAGGCCCGCGAGGGCCUCCACUUGGUCGAAUUGGACAAUGGAGACUUAAGUUAUGCAGCCGCGCCAAAAUUCGAAUGGGCGCCUACGAAGGAAGAAUUCUUCGUUUUAACAACGUUGACGACGUCGCCGGAAAAACGCCUGGCUCAAUACGCCAUGAGAAUCCGUUCUCGAGAAAGAGAUUUUAUUUGGUUUAUUGAUGCCGAAUCUUCGAUCUCUCGAAACCUUCGAAGAGACCCACGUCUCACCGCCGAGUUGGCGACAACAUGGUUUGAGAAGUGGAUUCGCGAGUUCCCUUCUCGAACCACGAACCCAAGAUUUAGAGUCGAUCUCGAAUACUGGCUCGAGAUCUUCUGUAACAGAAGUUACGCGAGCGACCCUGACAACCGCCACCAACUCCAACAAACCAGAUCAGACCAUCCAAAUCCUCCUGCUCUCAACCCUUACUUUCAAGUCAGAGGGGAAUCCUUGCUUCACGGCAGAGAGAGAAUCGCGGAAUACGACUUACUCCCAGUGCCGACUCCAACCCCGUCGAUAGCCUCGUCAGAAACAUCGGACGCAUCGAAGGUAUCAGCCGCGUCGUCAACGACUUCUUCUCCACCGAGAACCCCGGGGACAGUCGUCACGCGAGUAACGACUCCCGCCCCACCAACGUGGUUCUUGGAAGCGGAACAGACUCUCGAUAACAACGAGGACAGAAUCGACCUUGAGAGAGAAAUUCAAGAUCGAAAGAAAAGAACGGACGAGCGUCGAAGGGUUAAAAAGCCCGAAAACGUCCCUGUUCCUGAGCCUCAAAAACGAGGAAACGAUGAAGGCCAGGAUUCCCCAGGCACAAAAGCGCACAAGGGCGAACCGAAAAAACCCGACUCAUGGUGGAGAAGAGCGGAUACGAAGUUUCCAACGACAAGAUCGACCGAUUCUGAUUCGUCAGAUGGAGGGAGACCACAGUUCCCGAAGACAAUGCGAAUUGUCUUCAACAGUGGGAACACCAACAAUCCGCAAGAAGCUCCUCGGGGCAUCGCUAAUAGGCACUCACGCCGCUACGCCGAAAUUCUGCGAAACCUGUCGCUCAGACAGUUGGACAAGGAUCUUCUUAAAGUGGUGGAUACUUAUGCAUCUCACGAAAUCUGGGAAGAGCUUGAAAGCGUCAACCUCGGCAACCGUCCAGCUCUGGUUCUUAAGGACCAAAAAGGCCGACCAUGGAUGGCGAAAAGAAUGACGACUCGAGAAGUAUACUUCGAUGAAGAAGCGGAGGAAGUUCUUGAGUUUGAAGCUCUUUCGAGCGAAGAGGAAACUGAAGGCCAAGAUCGCCCCGCCAGGUCAGCCUUCGCAGGCGGCCUGCCGAGGGUUGAACGUCGCCAAGAUGAGAAAAUCAGAAAAGUCACGUCAAACACCAGAGCCCCUCAAAACAGGGAUUUUAGACUCAACGAGAGGGGCCAGGGGCUGCCGAUCGUAAGAAAACCAAAAUCAAAGAAGCUGAGCAAGAAGAAAGGAAAGAGGGAAGCGCUAAAAAAGUUGAGAAAGAACAUGGUGACGGAAAACGACCUAAUUGACCGAUCACAAAUCAACACCCAGGCGCUUUCCGUUGCUCAGCGGGCAGCCAUCAAGAAAGCAGCGUCGAUCAUCUCGGCAAAAACGUUCAUGCCAAAUAAAGCCGACGAACAAGGAGAAAUUCUCUUUAAGAUCCUCCUCGAUAUGCCAGCAGAAACUUCGCAGUUUCUAGCUGACAUUGAACGGCAGUUUGGCGACAUCAAUGGCGCCGCCGUCAGGAACCAGAUCUUCAAAGAAUCACGAAGAAGAGAAGAACAGGGCUUGCCCAUCAUCCUUCACUGCUUCGCGAGAGACUUCUUCCCAUCAUUCGACUCAGAUGAGGAUGAGUAA